AUGAGACAGCGCAGUGUGCAGCAGACGGUGGCGGCAGCAGAGCCUCAGGUCCAGGGCUUAAGGAGACGUCCAGAUGAAGUCACAUGGUCCUAUUCAGGAACGUUGAACCAGAAGCUUUGGGGGCAGCGGUACCCGACCUGUAACAGCGCUCGUCAGUCUCCAGUGGAUGUGGACGAGACCUUCACUCAGGUGCGACUGCAGUACCAGAACCUGCAGCUAGAGGGCUGGGAGCGCCAUAUAGCAGAGAGCAGCGUGGUCCGCAACAACGGGACAACAGUGGUGAUAGAUGUUGGAGGAGAGUUCUUUGUGAGCGGAGGAGGCCUGAGCGGCCGCUUCAGAGUGGGUCGUCUGUCCUUCCACUGGGGGCACUGUAACUCCACAUCAGAGGGCUCUGAGCACAGCCUUAACGGGAUGAAGUACCCUCUGGAGAUGCAGAUGUACUGUUUUGAUGGCGACAGAUUUCAAAGCUUAGAUGAAGCCAUUGCCUCAGAAGGAAGAAUCGCUGCUCUGGCUGUGCUCUUUGAGACCAGUCUGGAUGAAAAUGGGAAUAUGACGGCUGUGGUAGAUGCUGUGAACACUGUAACUCGAUUUGGUAAGACGGAGCCCAUUGAUACGUUUCCCCUGCGCUCGCUGCUGCCUCUCAACACAGAGAAAUACUACAUUUAUAACGGCUCGCUGACCGCUCCGCCCUGCUCCGAGACCGUGGAGUGGAUCAUCUUUAAGCACACAGUUCCAAUCUCAGAAACACAGUUGGAAUCGUUUUGUGAAGUGCUGACCCUGGAGCAGUCCGGAUACGUCAUUCUCACAGAUUACCUCCAGAACAACUUCAGAGUGCAGCAACAGCAAUUCACGGGGCAGGUGUUCGCCUCCUACACCGGAGUCGAAGAGGUCCUCACUCCAACCUGCAGCUCGGAGCCUCAGAACGUGCAGGCGGAUGCUCAGAAUGACACGACUCUAGUGGUGACGUGGGAGAGGCCCAAGGCGGUCUACGACACCUCCAUCGACUGGUACCUGGUCACGUAUCAGAGGCUGCAGGGGCCGCCGCAGAGCCGACAGGAGUACAGGACUGACGGGGACCAGGAUGUGGGCGCGAUCAUCUCCAGCCUCUCGUCCAACAGCAGUUACGUGGUGCAGGUGGUGUCUGUGUGUAUCAACGGGCUCAGAGGGAGGUGGAGCGACCAGGUCAUCGUGGACAUGCCCCGAGAGGAUCCUGAGGCCGAUUCGGAUUCAGAGCUUGUCACACUGGAAACUGUCCUCAACAAAGAGGUGUUCUCUAACCCAAACUGGGAGAAGGAAAAGACCCAGCCCCAGUUGAACGUGUCUCCAGAAGACCACAGUCCAGUAGAGGAGGUCCCACUGGAGCAGACCAAGGUCUACCAGAACCUGCCCAGACCUGGUCCCGAUACAGGAACAAAGUUCAGACUGAACCAGAAUGUGAAGAAGUCCCAAGAACCAAGCAAGACUCGAGACCAGGGUUUGAACUCUAUAGAGGAGCCGGAGAGGGUCCCACUGGGCUUUGGUCCAGGUUUAGACCCAGGAUUUGGGGGAAAUGGUGCCAUAUGGAUCCAGGAACCAACAGAGCAGCCUGGGUUUCUGUUUCCUGUGGCCAGAACAAUAGCUGAGAGCCCAAGCAACAGGAGAAAAAUCACAGAGGAAGCAUCACUGGCUGUGUCCCAGACCUAUGACAUGGAUGCUACAGACACGUUCACUCCACUCUCAGAGGACUCCUUGGUCACUGAUGUGUUUUAUGAGGACACUCUCCCCGUCUCCAAACCAGAAAACACCACUGCUCCUGUCACAAAUACUCCAGACUCUGCGGGCUCAGAGUGGAUUCCUGACAGAGACACCACAGUCAGUCACUCUUUGGUCCAUUCUGUUUACAAACCCUUCACGUCCUCGUCGCUGCUGCGUGUCCUCAUGCACACCACACAGUCUAUGUUCACAGAGAGCAGUAACAGCAGCCAUGAGUCUCGGGUGGGCUUAGUGGCAGUGGACUCAGAGAAGAGGACUGUGGUGCCUUUAGCGGUGGUCUCUACUCUCACCAUCUUGUGUCUGCUGGUGCUGCUGGGGAUACUCAUCUACUGGAGAAACUGUUUCCAGACUGCAGAUUUCUACCCAGACGACACUGCAUCUCCUAAAGUGGUGUCCGCUCCCUCCACGCCGCUGCUGCUGGCCACGGAUGGACAUGAGCCACUGACAGUGAAGCAAUUUGUAAAACACGUUCUGGAGCUCCAUGCGUCCAACGCCUUCUCCAAAGAGUUUGAGAUUCUCACUGAGUUCUCAGAGGAAGUGCAAGCGUGCACUUUGGAGAUGGGCAUCACCUCAGACAGCUCCAACCACCCAGACAACAAGAGCAAGAACCGCUACAUCAACAUCCUGGCCUAUGAUCACAGUCGAGUGAAGCUCUCCAACGGUCUGGACGAAGAAGGCUGCAGAGACUACAUCAAUGCUAACUUUGUUGAUGGGUACGAAAGGAGCAGAGCUUACAUUGCUGCUCAGGGCCCUCUCAGAGCGAGUCGAGAAGAUUUCUGGAGAAUGAUCUGGCAACAAAAUAUCGGAGUCAUAAUAAUGAUCACUAACCUCAAAGAGAAAGGAAGGACCAAAUGUGACCAGUACUGGCCUGAGGCCACUGAGGAGGACUAUGGGCCAUUCCAGGUUUCUCUGAAAAGUACCAAGACUCUCGCCUACUACACUCUGAGGACGCUCUCUGUGAGGGACACUGUAAAGUCGUGUCAGAGGAAGGAGGAGCACACGGUUCUGCAUUAUCACUACACUCAGUGGCCGGACAUGGGGGUCCCGGAGUACACCCUCCCAGUGCUGUCCUUCAUCAGGACCUCCUCACAGUCCCGGACCCAGGACAUGGGCCCUGUCCUGGUCCACUGCAGUGCUGGAGUGGGCAGAACUGGGACCUACAUCGUGAUCGACAGUAUGCUGCAGCAGAUCCAGGACCAGGCCUCCGUCAAUGUCUUGGGCUUCCUCAAACAUGUGCGGACCCAGAGGAACUUCCUGGUCCAGACUGAGGAGCAGUACGUUUUCAUCCAUGACGCUCUGGUGGAGGCCAUUUUGAGCCGGGAGACGUCCGUGAGCUCUGACCUCCUGCACAGUUACGUAUCAGAGCUGCUGACCCCGGGGCUAUCCGGCCGCACACGCAUGGACAAACAGCUGAAGCUCAUCAGUCAACGCCAGGCCAAACAUGCGGACUACAGCACAGCUUUGAAAGAAGGAAACGCAGAGAGGAACAGGGCCAAAGCGCUCAUGCCCGUGGAAAGAUCCCGAGUUUGUCUCACAGCCUCGGAGACAAACUCGACAGGCUACAUCAAUGCUUCUUACGUCAUGGGCCAUCAUCACUGCAGAGAGUUCAUCGUGAGUCAAACUCCUCUCAGCUCCACGGUGGAAGAUUUCUGGAGGAUGAUUUUAGAGAACAACAUUCACACUGUGGUCUCCCUUACUGAGCCCCACUCACAACAUGAAGGGGACGCUGUGGUGUACUGCCCAAGUAGAAACCAGCCAAUCAGCUUCAAGGAUUUCACAGUGUCCUUUUCAUCAGAGGAACACGUCUGCUUGUCUGGCAGCGACAAGCUCUUAGUACAAGACUUUAAACUACAUUGUCUACAGAGUAAUUAUGAGCUGGAGGUGCGGCAGUACUGCACGUCCUGUUGGCCCAACCCCGACAGUCCCAUCAGGAACAGCUUUGACUUAAUAAACCUGGUCACAGAACACAACGGCCCGACAGAGGGACCAACACUCGUGCAUGACCGAAUGGGCGGCCCGGUGUCCGGCCUGUUCUGUGCUCUCACCACGCUGUACAGUGAGCUACAGGAAGAGGGCGCUGUGGACGUGUAUCUCGUGGCUCGGAUGACCAACCUCAUGAGGCCAGGAGUCUUCAACGAUAUGAAAGUCUACAAAGAGCAAGCAGUACAGCAGCGGCAGCACCAAGAAGCGGUAAAGGCUCUACGUCGUCUCACAGCUACAGAAGAGACAGCAGAGGAACUCAGACCAGAAGAGACGGUAGAGGAACUACUCAUACCACAAGAGAAGUCAGAGGAACUCAUACCAGAAGAGAAGUCAGAGGAACUCAUACCAGAAGAGACGUCAGAGGAACUCAUACCAGAAGAGACAAUAGUGGGACUCAUACCAGAAGAGACGGUAGAGGAACAACUCAUUCCACAAGAGAAGUCAGAGGAACUGAUACCAGAAGAGAAGUCAGAGGAACUGAUACCAGAAGAGACGUCAGAGGAACUCAUACCAGAAGAGACGUCAGAGGAAUUCGUACCAGAAGAGACGGUAGAGGAACUCAGACCAGAAGAGAAGUCAGAGGAACUCACACCAGAAGAGACAAUAGUGGGACUCAUACCAGAAGAGACGGUAGAGGAACUACUCAUACCAGAAGAGACGGUAGAGGAACUACUCAUACCAGAAGAGACGGUUGAGGCACUCACACCAGAAGACAGCCAACUGGAAGACUUACCGUCAGAGAUCCAGGAGGCAGCCAUAACAAAGCAGGCCUCAGCUGAAGAGACUGUGGAUAUUUCUCCGGAGGAAACUAAUGAAACACAGUCCAUCGGAAAAGGUACCAGAUCUGCUCACCUCAUGGCUGCAGCGAUGAUAAAAAAGUUAAUUCAAAAAGCCCACAUGGUCCCUGACACUGAGCAGCAGAUCCGUCUUGUCCAAAUGCUCAGCAAAGUGGAGACCGGGGUUAGGAUCCCAGAGGACAGUCAGCUCACAGACAAAGACCUCAAAGCCAUCGGGAAAGCGGCUGCCAAAAGCUUACUGCAGGAGUGUGGCUCGGUCUCUGUUCUAAGCGAUAACAGUUUCACUGAGGAAACAAUGAAACUGAACCUGAACCUCCAACUCAUGUAUCAUUUGGCCCAUCGUCCUCAGACUAAGCCAACAUGCUUCUUUGCAAGGGUUUGGAAGGUCUUCAGAAGAAACAGGAUCAGCUCAGGACCUCUGAGAACCUAUUUGUCAUCUCCCAACUACUAA